GGGGCUUGUGAUUAUGAACCCUAAAUACGCUGUGUUCGGCUUCCGACUAUAACACGCUGUGUUCGGCUUCAAAACCCUAAACCCUCGCUCGACUUCGACGUUCAAAUCCAGUCCGUGCUUUUGCUCCGAGCAGCUUCUCCCAAUGGCGACUGUACCAGUUAAUCCCAAACCGUUCCUGAACAAUUUGACUGGGAAGAAGGUCAUCGUGAAACUCAAGUGGGGAAUGGAAUAUAAAGGUUUCCUCGUCUCAGUGGAUUCAUACAUGAACUUGCAGCUGGCCAACAGUGAAGAGUACAUUGAAGGACAAUUCACUGGAAAUCUUGGGGAGAUUUUGAUCAGUGAUGUACUAGAUAUCUCUCCUGUGGGCGUGCCCUUCUGCCUUUCUGGAGUGGAAAAUUCUAUCCUGAUGGAAGAGAUUUCUCUCAUGAGGUGCACUAUCUAUUUGUGAAAGUGCCAGACCAGCUAAAUUCUGAUUCCUAUGUUUGUUGAGUUGCUUUAAUAAAAUGAUCUACCAGGUACAUCACCUGUUGAUUUGAGGGUUUGCCUAAUGCAAUACCUUUUCUGGUGGUUGAAAACUCAAACCUGAUGGAACUGAUUUCUAUCGUGACGCAUACAAUCUAUCUGCUGAGGUGCCAGACCAGGCAAACAAUGAUGCCCAUGCAAUUUAUCUGUUGUUUUAACGAAAUGAGUCACUAGUAUCUCUCUCACUUUUUUAUCCGAUCUUUUGCGUUACCCUUAUGCUUAUCUGGUUGUGGAGAACUUUUAACCGUGUAAGAUAGAUUUCUCUCAUCAGGUGUAAUAUCUAUUUGCUGUAACUACCAUACCCAGCUCAACUGAGAAGAAUGCCAAGUAAAAUGAAGUAUAUUGUUAUUAGCCUUUUGAGCAUGCUAGUCUGUGGUCUAUACCCAGAGCACAUUACAAGAGUUGGGUUGAAUUGCUUUCUGUUGGGGUUGUGUGUUGUCUAAUUUAGGUUAGUCCUUUUAGUCGUGGGCUUAAAUUAUACCAACAAUGCUUGCAGGUAGUGGUUAAUUAACUGUUCUAAGGAAACUGUUUGACAACAUUUAUGAUGUGUAAAAACCAGUCAUUCUGUGCCUGAUAUCCAUCGUUCUUUAUGAUGCGAAAUUGGAAAUAGUAAUUCUCGUUGGAGAUCUCUUUGCGCCUGAAACUGAUAUUUGCUUACAAAGUCGUCUUCUCACAAAAGCGGCUGAGUAUUGUUUCAAUCGCUCAUAUCACCUGUCCCUAUGAUUGGGCAAAAGUGAUUCAUAUUCGUCUUUCUUGGAAAUUUUUAUUGAGAGAAGAGUUAACAAACUCAUGUUUACUCC